AUGGCAGUCAUGGAUGAUCGAACACCGUUACAUGACACAAUGGUCUAUCCUCAGGCGUUUACCAUCCUUUUUCCCGUCAUUCCAGCAUCUCUCCGACGGCGACUCCCAAGCUUGUACUCUACUAUCCAGCGAUCGGUCAGCCUAGGUGUCGCGCCAGACUUCAAGGCGAAGACGACUGGCGAGCACUCGAGCUCCAUGCACUCGCGUCUGCCGUCAUCCUCCAUUCCGGAAUUAGAGUGCUACAAGACCCUGCCUGACCCACUCACCGGCGACCUUUUCCCGCGGCCUGCGACAGCGGAUAGUUCGAGCAAUGAGCGAGACUCUUGCGUGUCUUCUGUCUCGGGAAAGGCUCCAGACAUGAGUGAGAUCACUGCCUUUGAAGAGGGUAGAUAUGGUGAUGCAUUCGGCGUAUCAUCAUCAUCGAGGUACGAAGCGGAGUCCGGACUGCGAUGGAAUAGAGUAAUACCUGCGCUGAGCCUUCUCCGAAACGCUGGAUAUGAAGCGCAACAGCCCCGGUGCGACGGUCCCCUGGCCCGCUCGUUGUACAUUACUGCCCUGGGGUAUCUAUUAGAUGCUCUACCAGCGGAACUGACUCACGACGAGAUCGCAACCAUCCGGCAUAACCUGCCAUCAAGUCUCCAGUCAUCCACAUUGGCACCGGGCGAUGCAAGCCAGCCGGCAACAGGGCUUAUAAGUCCUGACACAACAUCGGACGUAUAUAGUCGGUCUAAUAAGUCUGGACGGUCACUCCUGCAUCGCCUGCUGGCGUACGUUAUUAUUCAAUUCUUUGUCCUUGUGCGAUACGUCGUCCCGUACCUGAAGCUACUCCUUGCGCGGGUCUAUCAGUACGAGCGUUCCCAUCGGGUCACCGAACGUGUCAUUUCAACGACGCUGGACACGGCGGAUAACUGGGGUAAACGAAGCAUGAGCUUUGGGUCUACCAUCCUAGGUCUCUACGAGGGAAGGGUGCGCUCGACGGUGAUUAACAUUACAGACUGGUGGGUGGAAGGUAUCGCGGGGGGUAUUUAUGAGGGCGUGGGAGAGGGUAUGACGGUUCUGGGGCUGAUUCAACCCCAUACAAAACUUGAGAGGGCCUCGAUUCAAGCACUGAAGAGGGGAAUGUGACAUGACACCUUAUGAUAUGAGCUUUGUAGGCGGCUGUCUAUGAUUGCGGUGCACUUUUCUAUUUGCGUUAUUG